AUGGCGACCAUGCUCCGGACCUCCACUUCUUCCUCCACCUCCACUUCCGCCUCGCGCGUCCUCGGUAUCCGAAGCUUUGCCACCAAGUCGGAUCGCGCGGCCGCUCCUUUGGCGCUCGCUCAACGACUCUCCGGCAAGCAUUUCAUCGGUGGUCUGCGACCGGCCAAGAGCGGAGCCGUGUUCGACGUCCACAACCCGGCCACCGGCGAGACCAUCGGCCACGCCGCCCUCGGCGAUGAGGCCGACAUCAACGACGCCGUCACCCUGGCCUCGCGCGCCCAGAAGGAGUGGCGCGAGCAGUCCGUGCGAGCUCGCGGUGCCCUGGUGGCCAAGUGCGGCGAGGUGCUGCGCGCCCACGUCGAGGAGCUCGCCCAGCUCACCUCCCUCGAGACCGGCAAGGCGAUUCGUACGGAGAGCAGGGUCGAGGCGGGUCUGAUUUCGGACACGUUCAGCUUCUUCGGCGGAUUGGCGCCGGAGAUCAAGGGCCAGACCAUCCCCUUCAACCCCAGCGUCCUCACCUACACCUCCCGCGAACCCGUCGGCGUCGUCGGCGCCAUCAUUCCCUGGAACGCACCGCUGCUGCUCUUUGCGCUCAAGCUGGCGCCCGCUCUCGUGGCCGGUAACGCGGUGGUCCUCAAGUCCGCCGAGGCCGCCCCCUUCGGUGUGCUGCGCGUGACGGAGCUCCUCAACCAGGUGCUGCCUUCCGGUCUCGUCAGCACGGUCUCAGGAUACGGCAAGCAGGCGGGUACUCCGCUGGUGAGGCACCCGCUGGUGAAGAAGGUCACCUUCACCGGCUCCGUCGACACCGGACGCGAGAUCUACAAGCAGGCUGCGGAGAAGCUGAUCCCGGUCACGCUCGAGCUGGGAGGCAAGUCGCCCAUGAUCGUGCUGGAGGACGCCAACUUCGAGAAGGCCGUCAACGGCGCCAUUCUCUCCAUGCGCUUCACUCGUCAGGGUCAAUCGUGCACGGCGGCGAGCCGCAUCUAUGUGCACGAGGCCAUCCACGACAAGUUCGUCGCUGCCCUCACCGAGAAGAUCAACGCCCUCAAGGCACCUUUCCCUCUCCCCCUCUCCUUCGUCGAAACACUGCUAACCGAGCGUAUGGGCGACCCGCUGGACGAGGCGACCGACAUCGGCACGGUGAUCUCGAAGCCCCAGCUGGACAAGAUCCAGCGCUACAUCGCCCUGGGCAAGGGCGAGCAGGGCGCCACCGCCCACGAAUGCUCCGCCCUCCCCACCGACGCUUCGCUCAGCAAGGGUCUGUACGUGAGGCCGGUGGUGUUCACGGGCAUCUCCAACCAGUCGCGCGUGGCGCGUGAGGAGAUCUUCGGCCCCGUCACCUGCGUCUUCAAGUUCAACGACUUCGACGCGGUGCUGGACGAGGCCAACUCGACCGAGUACGGCCUGUCGGCCAGCGUGUGGACCAACGACCUCCAGAAGGCCCUCCACGCCACCCGCAAGCUCGAAGCCGGUGUGGUGCAGGUGAACCAGAACGCGGUGGUGCAGCCCAAUCUGCCGGUGGGCGGGUGGAAGGUGUCGGGCCUGGGCCGCGAGGGCUCGCUCGAGACCAUGCUGGAGCACUUCACCCACUCCAAGACCGUGGCCAUCAACUUUGCCUAA